AUGAACACAACUACUUUAAAAGCAAAGAAUUUUGGAAACAUACUUUGUUAUACUAAAAUAUUUCAUACUCAAAUCGGCAAAAACAGUUUUUAUAUGGGGGGUGGGUUUAGUCCGGGAAGUAUUUGUCCAGAGGGUAAUUGUUCGGGGGGUAUUUUUGGUAUUUUUCUCGUGGGAGAAGUAUUUGUCCUGGAGGUUGCCGCCGGCUCAAGUUUGUCAAACGAUUCCAAAAUAUCGACUUAUAAAAUUAACAGACGUAGAUGUUUUUAUUACGUUAGCAAUGUGAAAAAAUGUUAUGCGUCUGACAUUGUCGACCAUAUGAAAAUGAUCAACAUUGAGACGGUAUCCUAUUUUCUUUGUUCCGAAAAAUGUAUUUUAGUUAAGUCAUCAACUUCCUCAAAUAGAAGAGGAAAAGACCUUCAUCACAAGACACCUUAA